AUGGUCAACCAGUGGCUGCCGGAGAAAGAGGCGCGGAAGGAGUCGUCGGACAAGCAGGCGACGACGAAUGAAGAAGGGGAGCUGGCAGCGAAGGAAGGUGGCGGCAUCGAUCUCCUCUCUAAACUCAGGUCGCCGCCGAGGAAGAAGCUGGCGGACAGGGAGGCAAGAGAGGGCGGUGGCCCUCAGCCUCUCGCAAACCCUAAGCCAUCGUCAGGGAGGGUGUGA